AUGGAAUACUCGAAUAUGGAAAACAAUGAAGAUGGUGCUGAGCGCCAAUAUCCCUUAUUACCAUCUACCAUGGAAUUUCCACCACAACAAUCAUCCGAAGAAGACAUAUAUGGUAGUCCGAAAAAAUCUUCACUUCCACAAAAUAUCAACAAUAACGACGAUGAAUCAGGCACUUGUUCCACGUAUCAACCAACCCUGUUACCAAUCCCAUUUCAUCCGAACUACGGCACAAUAAAUUCCCCUAUCAAUAAUCACAGUUUUAAUAACAGCAACCCCAGCAGCAACCGAAACUCUAAUAAUUCCUCAUCGAAUAGUAGCAGUAGUCAGAAUGUUGUUGAUAAUAUACUUACAAAUUUCACAAAUUCAUCACACAAUUUAAAUUUAAAUUCCAAAAGAAGUUCUAAUAUCAUAAUUCCUCAAACACCUUCUCCGGUCUCAAAGAGAAGUUCGAAGAGCAAUAGUUUUAACGCGGUUCAUCCUUACCCACCUAUCCCUAAUAAUAACCAUCCAAAUAAUUCAGACAAUCCAUCUUGUGGCCUAGAGCCUUCAUCAAUACGAGGAAACUACAACUCACUUCGCCCACCGGAAGACGGUAGUCUCCACUUAAACACAGAUACUAGUGACAUCAACAACUUAGGAGCUGACGAAGAAGGCGAAAAAAAAAGAAUUUGCGGCGGAUUUGUACAGAAAAGGAAUUAUUGUAUAUGCUGUGGAAUUUUGAUUUUGGUUUCUAUAAUUAUGAUACCCGUUGCUAUAUUCGUGAUCGUUCCAGCCAUAGCACAGAAUGUUGUAAACAGAUCUCUACUUCAAUUCGAUAAUGUAAAGUUAACUAACAUUACGGAAGACAGCUUUACCUUGAGUGUUUCUGGGAGAGUAACGAACACCGGUCCAUUGAAAGCAACAAUCUCCCUACCGGAUGGCGUGAACAUUUACUGGGAGAAAACGUUGAUAGGUCACAUGUCAUUAGAUCCAAUAAUCACAAUGCCUUUUGUGGGUGCCGAUAUACAAACCACUCAAACAUUCAUUGUACUUAAUAAAACUGCAUUUGCAUUGUUUAGUAAGUAUAUGCUAAAUGGAAAAGAGUUUACCUGGCAUCUAGAUGGUGGGGCCAAGGUUAACACUCUAGGAUUGUAUUUGAAUGGAAUUCGAUUGUCCAAGGAUGUUAUCAUGAGAGGGAUGCAAGGAUUCCCGAAUGUAACCGUAGACAAAUUCGAUGCUCCAUCCACAAAUCCGGAUGGAGGUAUCACUAUCGAGAUCACAUCAUCCCUCAUAAAUCCUUCAUCAAUUAGCAUAGAGCUUGGCGACGUAUUCUUCGACGUCAUCUUUCAGAAUCAAACG